AUGUCGUUUGUGGAAGACUACGAACCAACGAAAGCGGACAGCUAUCGAAAGAAGGUGGUUCUCGACGGCGAGGAAGUCCAGAUCGAUAUACUGGACACGGCGGGCCAAGAGGACUAUGCCGCUAUCAGGGAUAACUACUUCCGGUCUGGAGAAGGUUUCUUGUGUGUGUUCUCAAUCACAGAAGACGACUCAUUCCAAGCAACACAAGAAUUCAGGGAACAAAUACUACGUGUGAAGAACGACGAACACAUUCCAUUCCUACUGGUUGGAAACAAGGCAGAUCUUACAGACAGGAGGAAGGUGAGCGAAGAAGAAGGCAAGAACAGAGCUGCGCAGUGGGGUGUGCCUUACGUAGAGACCUCUGCAAAGACUCGAGCGAAUGUUGAUAAGGCGUUCUACGACCUGGCACGUUUGAUUUCAGCCAGCAAGCAGCAGUCAGAUGGUCCUGCUGAAGACGAGAGCAAACCUACAAAGUGUUGCUGUAUCUCAUAAGUUACGGCAGUUGACUCUCGACAUCACUAGGCUGAUAUGCUGUUUAGGUUACGAACUCUUAAUGGCAAUUUGUUUUCCUUUUCACUCUCUUUGUGUAAAAAGUUGUGGGUAUUUGUUUUGUUAUACAAUUGUGGAUAAUCCUUCAAAGAAAAUCUAGAUUCACUGUAUAAUCAUUCCUUUGAUCUUUAUCACUGAAUCAUUUUAACAAGUAAGUAUAGUUCAAUCAUCAGUUACAGAGAUUAAACAAAUGUCAAGUGGCUUUUUUUGACAGUAGCUUGUUUGAAUCAUUACAGCUUUGUUGAAGCAUUUAGUAUGACAAGAGAAAAUUCUGAUGAAGCCUUGAGGUUUGUGAUUGAUCAAUGAAAUGCAUGCCAACUGGGUGUUACAUCAUUUGGAAGAAAUGCCCUCAUGAGAAACAGAUAUUGGAUGGAAACUGAUUAGCAGGUGUGAUUUUCCUUCAAAAUUCAGGAAAACGUAAAAUCUGGUACGCACUAUGUUAAAACUCAUGUGCUUGGUCAACUGGACCCCCCAACCCCCCCCCAGGUAGUUAGCUUCAUUAUGGAAGCUGAUGUGAGAUAUUUCAUACUGGAGCCAUGUUAUUUUUAUAUAUUUACAGAUUUUAUCAUAUGAUGAUGAUGAGAAUGGUAAAUUUGCACAAAUAUUCCAGUUUUAUAAUUUUGCCUGAUAGUAUGCAGAUCCCCUACAAGUUUAGUAGUAGUACUCCGUCAUUAACCCAAAUGGAGUCAAAUAUCUUACGAGCCAAGUGUUUUGCAAAGGAGCGUGUGGUAUUGGAAUGAUAAUAUUGUGAGUGUUGGAGUGGUUGUGUCAUCUAGUCUGGUGAGAGGAGUAAUUGUCUUCAUUCCAAGAAAACAAUCACAUGUAACAUUAUUUUUAUCUUAUUUUUACCUUGAAAACAUCAUGUUGGAUUUUGACACAAGCUGAGCUUUAAAUUUAUUUCCAGUACUUUGAAUAUUUUGAGUAUGUUUAGAACUCCCUUUAGUGUUAAGUGUUAAGUUGGGAACAGUUUCCAGUGUUUGUAGGAAUUAAGACUAGCCGACUGUCAAUUGAAAACCUUGAGAGUCUGGAGUGCGACUCAGGCACAAGGACAGAACACUUGUACUUUGCAGUACAGUAUUUUCAAAUGAGUGCCUGUUCAGUCUCUCUUCAAAUGAUCAUCAGUCCAUUCCAGAAAAAUGAAGUUUAGCAGUGUUGGACGUUAUAAAGCUGCCUGUUAGUGACGUUGUCGAGGGUACUUAUUUAUAUGCUUUCUUUACUUUUUCUUUGUUUGUAAAAUGUUACUACAGUUCUUACUCUACUGCACUUGCAUCACCACAUAAUUGUUUACCUGAAGGGAAUUGGCUUCAGGAAAAGAGAAUGGCCAUCUGUCAAGACAAAAUUGCCAUAAAAUGUCAUUUAUCACAAAUUAGGUUAGAAAUCUGUUAGGCCAGACCUUACAGUAGGCUAGCUUGAGAAUUGUGUAUGAUAAGAUCCUGUUUUUAUAUACUUUUAAUGAUAAGUGUAUAUCUGUAAUUACUGAAUUGGUCUGAUGGGAGGCCACUUUGUACUGUCAGUAUCAGUUAAGUGCUUAAUAUUGAUGUAAGAUAGCCUUAGUUAUGUGCUUAGUUAAAAGAUUUUAUAGUCACAUGGAUGACAAAAUUUUCAUUUUGUCAUCAUCACUCAAAGCCUCCAUUGUAAAAUAUGAAUUUUGAUGUGUAAGGAUACAAUAAUUAUUAUGACUGAAAAUCA